UUUUUUGUUUAUUGUUUUAUUUAUGUUUUAAACAAAUGUCUUUUAGUACCUAAAAACAAAUGUACGCAAAUAGAAUGCACUUACUAUUGACAUUCGAUUGGUUUUCAUUGAACUAAUGGUGACAUCGGAAUUUACCAAUUGUAUCUGGUAUGAUUCAUUCAAGUCGAUUUAAUCAUAUGAUGAAAUUCUCGAACGAUUAUUGGUCGAUUUAUUAUUAUUGGACCACGUGUUUGCAAUAACAACUAAUCAACGACGUCAAAACUACCCGGGAGUAUUUGAAUCAGCCAUUAAAUUGGCAGCAAACUGAAGUGAACUGAAGAAAAAUUUAAUAGCUACAUUGUUACAUAGAAAUAACAUAACCUAAAAAUAGCUUGAAAACGUGAGUUGUCUUUUUGUUGUGUUUAUCCAGUAAUUACAAAAAUGGUUCGUAAAUUAAAAUACCAUGAACAAAAGCUUUUGAAGAAGGUUGAUUUUAUUUCUUGGCAAGCAGACAACAAUUUACACGAAGUAAAAAUAUUGAAAAGAUAUAGAAUACAAAAGAGAGAAGAUUAUACAAAGUACAAUAAAUUAUCAAGAGAAAUAAGAGACUUGGGGAGAAAAUUGAAAGAAAUUGAUCCCAAACAUCCAUUUAGAAUAGAACAGAGUGCAGCGUUAUUAGAAAAACUCUAUAUGAUGGGUUUAAUUGCUACUAAGUGGGAUUUAGGAUUAUGUGAAAAAGUAACUGCUAGUUGUUUCUGUCGAAGAAGACUCCCAGUCGUUAUGGUCAGAAAUAAAAUGAGUCAGAGCGUUAAAAUGGCAACACAAUUUAUUGAGCAAGGGCAUGUUAGAGUUGGUGUUGAAAUUGUAAAGGAUCCUGCGUUUUUAGUAACAAGAAAUUUGGAAGAUUUCGUAACAUGGGUUGAUACUUCAGCUAUUAAGAAACAUAUUAUGGAGUAUAAUGAUGCUAGAGAUGAUUUCGAUAUUAGUUAAGUAAUUAAUAUGAUGAAAAAAGGAUUGUAAAUAUAUUUUUAUAAAAUAAUUAAUAAGAUGCAUUAGACAUAAUAUGUAUAAUCUUAUUUUUUUAUUACAUAAUAAUUAUAAUUUUCAUUAUCAAUAGAAAUAGAUACUUUUAAUGUAAUACAAAGAAUGGAAAUCACUUAAAAAUGAAGUAAGUGUAAUUUUAUAAAUUUCGCAACUUUUAUUUUAUUCGAAUUAGCAAUAAACUUUAUCAUGUUAAGUUUAUUUACAAAUACACUAUCAGCACUCCUGGUAUGUUGAAAAUAGAAAUGGAAAAGUAAUUGAUGAUCAGAUAUUUAUCGCCUCGAUGCGAGGUAGAAUAUAAAAUACCAAAUAUAGAAA